GGACUGCAGGAUCUGCUGCUGCAGACCUUGCCUGGGCGGACGCCUCCCCCCCCCCGGAGGAGGAGACGGCGGGUCUGUGCUGCCCCAAGGAUCUCGCCGCCUUCGCCUGGACACUGGCUGGGGGAGGAAGAGCCCCGGCAAGGGGGGCCCCCAGGAUCACUGGUCCACUUGAGCAAUGACCAGCCUGGCCUCCCUUGAGGGUGCCCCCACCUGCCUGCAGCAGCCAGAGAGCCACCCCCAGCUGCACAACUGGAGGCGGAGGGUGUGAGCUGCCGUCCGUGGGCUGCCUCUCCUACUCCGAGCAAGCCUCCUAGCAGGCCGAAGCUUGCCCAGCCCGGGGUGUAGAUGGCGGGCGGGCAUGUGGCUUCCGGGGGGAGGGGGGAUGAACCCCGCCCCCUCCUCCAUCGCCGCCCCCUAGCCCUGCAAAGGACCAUGGAGAGGAGGCUGCUUCUCCUCCUCUGCUGCUGCUGGCAAUAAGAUGGUAACCCCGCCCGCCCCUUCGGAGAGCUCCCCUUGCUGUCGGUGAAAUGAUAAGAAGUGGAUUGACUGGGCUGCACUUCCGUCUUCCACGAUAUUGGGCCCCCCGCCCCAUGGUCAAUCCAAACGGAAAGAAAUAAAAGCUGAAAUCCGGGAGAAUCGGGGUGAGCCGCUUAAAAUCCAGGGAGCCCGGCCGAGGCAGAAGGAUGUCCCAGAAGGGGGUCAAGGAAGCGUUUGUAGCCAACUUGAACGGCACGACCUUGCUGGAGAUUUCCCUGGGCCUGCCCCUCGCCCCGUCAUGCCUCCUGGCCAGGGGGCUGCUGCUGAUCUUGUACUUCCUCCACCGGGGAGAGCCCCUGCGUUCGAGGAGCGGCCAUUUCCUUCUGGACUUCGCGGUCCUCGUCGUGCCCCCCAUCCUCUCCUGCACCAUCCUGGCCCCCUUCCUCCCUCUGGUGAUCCUCUCCCUGUGGGCCUUCUGUGCGGGACUGCUCUUGGCUGUCUACCGGAGGCGAGGAGGGGGCGUCCUCCGGGGACCGCUGAAGCACGCCCUCCGCCAUUUCGGGGAGACCAGCUUGGCCCCCGAGUACAUCCCCUCCAUCACGGUCUUCCGUGUGUACGUCAACGUGCUGACCUCCAUCGCCAUCCUGGCGGUCGAUUUCCCCCAGUACCCUCGGCGGUAUGCCAAGACAGAAAGCUUUGGGACGGGAGUGAUGGACUUUGGAGUGGGGUCCUUUGUUUUUGGGAAUGCCGUCGUGUGUCCGGAAGUGCGGCAGAAACCCGGUGCCGUGCCGUGCACCUUUUACCUGGCCAAGCAGGUCUUGGCGGUCUGGCCGCUGCUGCUGCUCGGCUUGGGCCGCCUGAUGAGCCUGAAGGUCGUGGGGUACCAGGAACACGUCUCCGAAUACGGCCUGCACUGGAACUUCUUCUUCACUCUGGCGGCCGUGCGAAUGGCCGCCUCGCUGCUUCUGGGCGUCUUUUCUGCACGCCGCGCCUGGAUCGUUGCCAUGGUGCUGGCUGUGGCUUAUGAAUGUCUUCUGGCUGUGACCCCUCUGAAGUCGUUUAUCCUGUCGGGGAGCGACGGCCAGGGUUCGAGGGCCGGGUUCCUCAGUGCCAACCGGGAGGGCCUCUUCUCCGUCAUUGGCUACCUCGCCAUCUACAUGGCCAGCGUGCAGGUGGGCCUCUAUCUGCGGCAGAAGAGGACCACCGUGGGGGAGUGGAUGGGGGUCGCGCGCACCUUCCUGCUGGCCGCCUUCCUUCUGCUGGCGGGUCUCCACGUCACCCAGACGCACGUGGAGAGGGUCUCCCGGCGGAUGGCGAAUCUGGCCUUCUGCCUCUGGGUUGAGGCUCACUGCCUCCUGCUCUUCAGCACUUUCCUGGCCGCGGAUCUGGCCCUGGUCUUUGCAAAGCUGCUAGUGGAGGGCGCUCCGGUGCCUGGCAGCUGGGAGCUGGCGGAGCCCUCUGCAGCAACCCGCAAGAAGCGCGAUGAGGAGCCCCAGGCCAGGAAGGCCGCGCCCCAGGGCGUGUGCGUGAUCGGCGCCGUGAACAGGAACCAGCUGCUGUACUUCUUGCUGGCCAACGUCUUGACCGGCCUGGCGAAUAUGCUGGUGGACACUCUUCACAGCAGCACCCCUUCGGCCCUGCUGGUUCUGCAUCUCUACAUGUUCGCAAACUGCUUGGUGAUGUAUGUCUUGCAAGCCAAGAACAUUGUCUUAAAGUGGUGGUAACUGACCAGUGGUCUGGUGGAGUUCUGGCGAGGAGGGAUACCCAGCCACCCCCCUCCCCGAGGUCCUACGUGCCUGUCUGUGGGGCUGAGAGCUUCUGGAAGGAGGAAGGAAAACCCCUUUGGGCCUGAAACCCUGCAGGGCGGCUGCAGUCCGUGUAGACAACUGAAGCCUGAGUCGGAAGGCAGCUGCAUAUGCAUCCUCACAUAGAAGCAGGCAAAAAAAACCAAACCCUGGGAUGCAGAUUCUCUCCAAACAUGAUGGGCCCUCCCCCCACUCAGUUUACUAAAUAAAGUAAAAGUAAAGUGUGCCGUCAAGUCGGUGUCGACUCCUGGCGCCCACAGA